GUGAUGCAGGCGCGGGGAGCGGGAGGGAGAGGGAGGCCCCGGGUGACGUCCGCGCUCUUCUCGCAGCUCGUCUCCCGCGGCCUCCCAAUUCUUGCCUAAUUUGGAAGAGAGUCGCAGCCCUUCUGCUGAUGCGCGCGCGCUGGCGCCUUUUUAAGGCAACUGGCGGAGUGGCGGCUCCACCAGAGCCUGGGAGCUGCCCCCGCCCCCGAGCCGCGAGCCCCGCGCCGGGCCGGGGAGUCCCCGGCGCCACACGCCCCCACCACCCCCAUCUUAGCGCCCCCCACCCUCUAUGGAGACAUUUCAACCAGGGAGAAGGGAGGUCCUGCCCUUGCCCCUCGCCCCCGCCCCCCUCCUCCAACAGGGGAGACUUCUGUCCAAACCUUGGAAGGAAACGAGAUGCCAGGCCUAGCGCCUUCGGGGAUCCUCUCUGGACAAGGCCACAGGGUGAAAACACCAGCACAGUUUGGACCUGGGCGGACUUUUUGGAAAAGCUUCUGGAUGCCACGGACUCCACGACCGACCAACUAGGUUGCUGCUGCUUGCAAACAUCGCCUCUGUUGAAGGAUUCCUGCAGCCACCAGCUCUGGAACUUUCUGGAACCAAACCUUUCCCCAGACUGCCUACAAGGACCAAUUGGCUUCUGGAUCACUUCCUGGAGGCGUUUGACCGGGACCUGGGAGGGCAGCUGGGAAGUGCCUGACCAUUCUCAAGGAGCUGCGUGGAUUCCAGACAUCUCUGGGCUGGUCUCUGGACCGGGAUGGGGGACCCAGAGGUGGAGCCGAACACACAAACAGCACUUGAGGGCUCCGAGGGUGGCGAGGAGAGAAGCUCCUGCUCUGGUACAGCUAGCCCUGGGACCUUGAAUGGUGCUUCAGCAGAGUGUCCACUCCCAGCACCAAGCCCUCAGUGCAGAGAGGGAGACUCAGGCGGCCCUCAGAGAGACACAAUUCGCCAAGGUCACACAGCAAGUCAGGGUGCCGCUAAGACUAGGACCUACGGCUCUGCCUCCUGGCCCAGGCUCCUCAGCACCUAGGCCCCAGAGGCCAGCCUGUGGGAGGCCCACAUGGCCACUGCACCAUGAACCAAGGACGUGGUCCAGGUCCACCUCCACCAAGUGCUGGCAGUGUGUCACUUGGGUCACAUUAGGUUUCAGUCAUCCGAGACCAUCUUUCAAGGGCCGUCACUCCAAUUAUGAGUCUGGGAUUUUCUGAAACUGAGCAUUUUGGCCAGGCUGUGGGGGCCCUCUGUGGCUGCCUGUAAGACACUGCCAAGGGGACUUUCUUCCUCUCACCAGACUGAAGCUAAGAAGUGCUGGAGACAGCAGUUGCUUUAGCCACAGGCUGUGUAGACCACCUGAGGAUGAUCUGGAGGUCUGUUCUGUGCACCUUGGAACCCAUCGGAUCCCUCCAAUGACACAUUUGUCCAGAGCAAGACAAGAUCACACUUUGACAGCCGUCUGUCAAGAUCCUUGCUCCAAAUAUCCAGACUAGCAGCUAGGAGUCUCCAUGCUGUUCUGAAGAAGCAGAUUCCUCACCCACCCUUCAACUCCUUCCCAGGAGGUAAUCCUCCUCCAAAUCUCUGGAAAAGAUACACCUCCUCUUCUCUGAUAAAGGCUGGGGGGUGAUGCCCCUCCCCCAGGUUCCCAAUAAAGCUAUGCAAGACAGGG